UCAUUGGCCCAAAUCGAGCAGCGAGGCUUCACUCUUCGGCUGUAGCCCGCUCAAGCCCAAGCUCUUCGAUUACAACAAUUUGAGUUUUGAGGUGCGUGCCAUGAAACUGCACAGAGCAGGGAAAGUUGGUCAAUUUCAGUUUAUGGGUUUUCGUUUUCACUUUUCCUACUUUUCAUUUUUCACGACUUGAGUGCGAUAUUAAACUGGGUGCCAAGUGUUUGUAAAAUUGUUCGUGUUAAAAAAAAAAAAAUCAUUCCAAGUUUAAUAUUCAUGGCUAAUUCAGAUCAGUCACCCUCAAAGCGACUUUGCCUUUCCAAUGAAGAAGAGGGUCAAAAAGACAUUGAUCGCAUCAGCAACUUACCAGUCUCGGUUCUUUAUAACAUCCUGUCCUUUCUUCCAACCAAAACAUCCGUUGCCACCAGCAUUUUGGCAAAGAGAUGGGCAGAUUUAUGGACUAAAGUUCCCGUUCUUUCAUUCAGCUCCACUGAUGCCCGUAACAGUUCAAGGUUUGUGAAAUCUGUCUACAAAGUAUUAACACAAAUUAUUCGCCAGUUUAGCGUGGCUUGCAAACCUAAUAUUAGAGUUGAUGAAGAGUAUUUAAAGACUUGGAUUAAUGCUGCGAUUAGGCGUGAUGUUCAAGAGCUGAAGCUCAACUUGUGUUGUCAACACGUCAGAUUGCCUGGCAGUGUUUUUGCUUGCAAAACACUCGUGUCUCUCGAGUUGUACGAUCAUGUUUUGGAUGCCCCAGCAAAUGUUCAUUUCCCAAUUCUCAGGAUUCUUCGACUAGAGCGAGUAAGAUAUGCAAGUGAUGACUGUUUGAGCAGGCUACUUUCUAGUUGUCCAAUUCUUGAGGAUUUGACUGUGGAGAGGGUCUAUAAUGAUAAUGCACUUGUUCUGGACAUUAGUGUGCCUUCAUCGAAGGGAAUUACUCUACUGAUUAAUGCCCCACUGCUCGAAAGGAUAGCAUUGAAGGAUGAAAACUAUUGUGAUUUUCUGGUAGAAGAUUUACUCAACUUGGUUGAAGCAACUAUUGAGGUUUUUGUACUGUGCAAACAUGAAUACAGAGUAUUCAGGUUCCUUAAAGAGAUGGUAGCGUUAAGUUUCUGUCUUUAUCAGAACACACCAUCCAACAAUGUGUUUCACAGUAUACCCAUGUACCACACAGGUGGUAAAUGUGGUCAGUCACUGCCAGUGAGCGUUCCAAAGUGUGUUUCGAUGAACUUGAAAACACUUAAAUUGACUGGGUUUUUUAACAAUGAAUGUGACUGGAAACUCGUGCGAUAUAUUCUAAAGAAUGCCAAGUUCUUGAAGCAAAUGAAGAUUGGGAUUUCCUUGUGUUUGAAGAAACGGCGUCACCUUCUUAAAAACUUAUUGAAGUACCCUAGGGCCUCAGUGGCAUGUGAAAUUGGCUUGUCCUUUGACUCAUCAAACGAAGAAAUUCAUUUGUGACUGAAACGAUGAGUAAAUCCAGUUUGGCUACACUGGUAAUGCAUGUAGUCUAGUAUUAGAAUCUUUUGUGGAAAGUAUAUUACUACUAUGUUCGUCUUC